GUCUAGUAUACCUAAUGAGCUGCUAAUGAAAAGACAGAUGCUGAUUUAUAGUUCAGUUAAUAUAUUUGGAUAUUGAACUAAUGCGACAAUUCACAAAUAUGUUAAUGAAUGUAUGUAAUCAAAUAUACAUAGCACAAAGAGCGAUUGAACAAAUGAGCCGUUUUUUUUCUUUUGUGCGCCGGAAGUGGGAAAUCCCUACGCCUGUCAAAUCCCCUUCAACGCGGCCGUCGUGUUUUGCGAUAUACAACGGAAUUUGCUGAUUAUAGUCUUAUACACUCCUGUCAGAUACACUCCUGUCGCGUGUUCACUUGUCAGCUGCAUAAAGUAUAAGCUGACAGAAGAGUCGGGGGUUGUCACCACCGGUACUGUACCAGCGGUAGCUGUCAGCUACACCACGGCAGAGGCCACUACCGAGCGUAUAGUCGAAUCAAGCAUUCAAAGCUUUAGCCAUUUGAAACGGGUGCUGUCCUAACUGGAUUCUCUGGAUUGGACUGUGGAGAGGGCAUUCAUAGGUGGAAAAGUUGCCACUUCAAGUGCGGUUUCGGUUUCCCCUAUGAGUAGCAGCACCGGACAGAAGGCUACACGAACCCGGCCUGCCAAGCCAGGCCAUGGGGCAGGGGGAACAAUGACAUGGACACCUCAGGACCAGAGUGUAGACCCUUCGUAUAGGUCAACCACAACUGCUCUCCCCACUAAAGCCUGUGGUGGUGGGGGGAGCGCCUGUGUUCUGAGUAAGCUGAUCCAAAUGCCGGCUCCACCGCUGUCGCGCCACCAGCUGAAGAAGUUGGAGGAGCACAGGUACAGCAGCGCAGGUCGCUCCCUUCUGGAGCCCUUCAUGCAGCACUACUGGGAGUGGCUAGUAGCACGCGUACCGUCGUGGAUAGCCCCGAACCUCAUCACUAUCGUGGGCUUGGCCACCAACAUUCUCACCACAAUGGUGUUGGUGUACUACUGCCCCACUGCCACUGAACAGGCGCCUCUGUGGGCUUAUUUGUCUUGCGCAGUGGGCCUCUUUAUCUACCAGUCAUUGGACGCCAUUGAUGGGAAACAGGCACGGCGUACCAAUAGCAGCACCCCACUCGGAGAGCUCUUUGACCAUGGCUGUGACUCCCUCUCAACAGUGUUUGUGGUCCUGGGCACCUGUAUUGCUGUCCAGCUUGGCACUAACCCUGACUGGAUGUUCUUCUGCUGCUUCGCCGGCAUGUUCAUGUUCUACUGUGCCCACUGGCAGACCUACGUAUCGGGCACCCUGCGUUUUGGCAUCAUUGAUGUGACGGAAGUGCAAUUCUUCAUUAUAUCCAUGUAUUUGCUGGCUGCCAUUGGAGGAUCAGCUUUUUGGCAGUUCUUGAUCCCUGUGGUGAACAUCGAGAUUAAGAUCAUUCCAGCCAUCCUGACUGUGGCUGGAGCCAUCUUCUCCUGCACCAAUUACUUCCGGGUCAUAUUCACAGGAGGAGUAGGGAAGAACGGAUCCACCAUAGCGGGAACGAGUGUCCUGUCGCCAUUCUUCCAUAUAGGUUCAGUCAUCAUUCUUGCCGUCAUGAUCUAUAAGAAGUCUGCAUCCCAGCUGUUUGAGAAGCACCCCUGUCUCUAUGUCCUGGCCUUUGGGUUUGUGUCGGCCAAGAUCACCAACAAGCUAGUGGUAGCUCAUAUGACAAAAAGUGAGAUGUAUCUCCAUGACUUGGCUUACCUGGGGCCCGGGUUGCUCUUCUUGGACCAGUAUUUUAACAGCUUCAUAGAUGAGUACUUGGUACUCUGGGUGGCUCUGUUCUUGUCCAUCUUUGACCUGGUGCGCUACUGCGUUAGCGUCUGCAACCAGAUCGCCUCUCAUCUGCACAUCUUCGUGUUCAAGAUUAAACCCAUCAACCUGCGACCAUCCACUGGCUCGCAGCCAGGCAAAGAUAGCUGGUGACACUGGUGUCACUGAUCUUGUGACACUGCUGACAGGUGGUGACACAGUCCGGAUGGAACGGGUGUGAGUCACCUAACUGCCUCCCCCUCAUCUUCACAGGGUUCAUACUGGAUGAGUUCCAUUGGAGGCGGUCUUUCUAUGAAUGUAUAAUGCUGCGUUCACAACAACUUGUAAGUCUGUGAUUAGAAACAUAGGACUGGGAAAUAUCUACUUGAAUGUUCAUCCAACUGGUAAUUAUAAAGGGAAACAAGUCUAACUUUGUUGUGUUCCGAGUUUACCACUUUCACUGACAUCAUUUGUCAAUAAAGACAGCAAGCAUGGUCUCAUCUUCAGCAGUUGUUUUUUAUGAUAAUAACAACUUGCAAAUUGUUGAUACAAAAUAGUUCUGUUAAUCUUUCUUUUGAUUUAGGAAGUGAUCGCAUCUCUGGAAGUUUUAUGGGCAAAGAAUAUCAAAACAACCGCAAGCCUUAUAAUGACAUUUAUAUUUCCCAGUUCAAAAUGUGAAUGCAUCCAUGUCUUAUUUAGGACUUUCUAACUACCCACUCUCUGGUGUGGUUAUGAACGCAGCAUUAGCUAAGUAAAUAAGGAAUACAUUGAGUGCAGGGAAAUUGAGAUGAAAAGUUUUUAUUGAAAAUAAUGUAUUUCUGUCUCUUUGGUGUGCAAUAAUGCAAAGUUUUUGCAGAUGUGAUGUUUGGUGUAAAAGGUUCAUAGUUGAAGAGGUGAAUGAGGAAGAUGUUUUCUGUUGAGGUUUAGUUUGUCAUAAAAGAUAACCUUUUUAUUUGGUAACAAUCUCUUCAUGAUUUAGAAGUUGUCUAACCAAAUGAUAUGGAUAUAGGCGUUCAUGUUGCUUAAUAUAACAAUGCAGCAACUAUCCAUAUAUUAGUUAUAUUUUGGACUAGAAUGCACUGGGGAAAAAAAAAUCCAUGGGGUGAGGCAGGUUAUACCUAAGUUAUAUUAUACUUAACUAAAAGAAAAACACAUACCAUUUAUUGACAUGUUUGUGUUGGAGCAAUAUGAAUGAUAAAUGUAACUUUUUUCAGUAUUGGUACCUGUUCAGCUCAUCAAUGUACAAUACCCACUUGUGGUUCCACUAGAGGAAAUGUUAGUCUUCUGUUGAUGGUGUAGCUCAAAGUAGUUGUGUGUAGUAUUUCUAAAUCCAGAUUGCAUUCAGUGAAAAGAACGCAUGUCUUUUAAGACUGCCUUGCAUUUCUGUUGAUAAUUCACCCUUGCCUAGUGUACAUUAGGAUGCACAAGUAGGGCACUAAAGUGCAAGGUUUUCAAAAGCCCCAACAAACAAGAAAAGCAGUGUCUCAUGUUUACAUAAUAUGGCUAUGUACUUCAUUUCGUCCCAUAUGUUUGUUGUAAAAAUGGAUCUGUGCAUUCUACAACUCUAUGAGUAAGUUAUAAAUUGUGUUAUGUGAUGGAAGUUUUCCGUUACAAGCAUUCAUACUCUUUACCAUGAGGAAGUUGACUUAUCAUUAUGCUUUGGUAGCAAACGUUUAAUUAGUAAGAUAUCAGUUCUGUCCACAAAAGUAAUUUUUGACUCCAUAAAUUAGAAAAGGGCAAUUUGGAAUGUUUUUCUAAUAGGUGUUACUCUAUCAGUUCUUUUAGUUAUUUUCUUGGUUUUAUCUCUUCAAAAAUAUGUUUUUAACUGUGUUGCUUAGUUGAACUGUGGGUGUACUGUAGCAUAGAUCAAAUAUGAGUCAUUGAGGCUGCUUAUAAGUGUUACCUCACUGCUUGAAGGAACUGGUUAAUGUGAAAAAUACAAAAAUACAUUAUGCAACAGUUUCCUGAAUUAGAAUGGAAGAAGUAAACAGCAUUCAAAUGGAAGUUUGGAAAAGACUGCAUGAAAUAGCCUAGUGUUAGGCCUAUGACAUAGUUUUAGGCCUAUGAGCUAGUGUUAGGCCUAUGACAUAGUUUUAGGCCUAUGAGCUAGUGUUAGGCCAAUGAGCUGGUGUCAGGCCUAUGAGCUACACUAUACAUAUUUGAUUUGUUAAUUGAUUAAUAAAGUGAUGCACACAUCUAGGUGUUUUCUUCUAAUUCACUCCCUUAUCUUACCCCCUACUUCAACUAACCCAGAGCCGCUCUGGUGUCAUGGCAGCUGCAUCCCAUAAUAUUUCUCUCCAUUUUAGUGUAACAUUAAAUGGUCUGGUAAGCUUUGUUGCACAGUAGCUCAUCAGUCUGUUGUGUGUAUAACUGGUCCCUCCACCCAUUCUGUUUGAAGUUUCAUCAUUAAACAAGUAUUAAUGUAGAGAACUAUAUCGGUACAUACAGUAGCAGUACUGUCCAUGGUAAAAGAAACAUUUGUUUUCAACAAAAAUGUAUGUUUCUACUAUUUAUUACCCUACCAAUUUAGCUAUUAUCAAACAGUGAUGCACAGAUUAUUGAAAUGUCUGUCAUUACUGUAUCUUAAGAAGUGAAUAGCUUUUCACUGUUUUCUUUUUGUAUGAUAUGCAUGGGGGUGGCAUUACAACCCAAUGUAACAGUCACAGCCAAAGGCCACAAGGAGAGAUGUUGUAUCUGUAACUGAUGGUGUUUAACCAAUUGAAACACCCCUUCAAAAGUAACACAUUUGCCCCUUGGAUUGUUCCAGUACUUCCUAAACAAUGCAGAGACUUUGAAGAGGGUGUAUAAUUGGUUGUAAAAAAUUUAAUAAAAAUUGGCUUCUGUCAUUUCU